AAAGACACGAACACAGCUGAUACAGAGUCUGGUCAUGUAUGUCAAGUCCAUACCGUGGAUCCUGCUCUUCAUCUCUUUCCAGAAUGUGUUGCUGCAGGAGGAAGAGUAUUAUGAUUACUCAUACAUAGAUACUCCUCUGAACUGCUCAACCACAGAGAGCAUCAAAGGUGGACAUGUCACCUAUUCACAGGGAGGACUGGAGGGAAGUGUACUGACCUAUCACUGUGGUCCUGGUCAAUACCCUUUCCCGGUCAGCUAUAGGCUCUGCGGUGCAAAUGGGGAAUGGUCACCCAUGAGAUUAGCCACUGGCAGACUGGUGUCACAGGCCUCGUGCAAAAACAUCUUGUGUCCGGCUCAGCUCCAGCUGGAUAAUGGGGACUUCUGGCCCAGGGAUCAGUGGUUUCGUGUUGGGACGAUGCAGAGCUUCUCCUGCCAGGAAGGGUUCACCCUGUCUGGGUCAGCCCAGAGGAACUGCACCCUCUCUGGGCAGUGGACAGGAACCACUCCUAUCUGCGACAACCAGGCUGACGACUGUAAGAACCCAGGGGUCCCACCGGGGGCCCAGAUGUCAGAAGGCCGGUUUCGGACGGGAGAGAAAGUGAUCUACAGGUGUCAAGCUGGUCUGGAUCUGCUGGGAUCGGCUAAAAGGGUUUGCCUGGAGAGUAGGGAGUGGAGCGGCUCAACGCCACGUUGCCAAGGCCCGAAUACCUUUGACUCCCCCAGCGCUGUGGCAGAAGCCAUAGGGGGAUCACUUGCAGGAGUCAUGGAUGUCCUCACAUCAGAUUCCAAAAAGAAAGUGACCUUUGGUCGAACCUUCCGUGUAGCUGAAGGCAGUCGUAUGAAUAUCUACAUCUUAAUGGACACAUCAGGCAGCAUUGAAAAGCAGGACUUUGAAAAAUCCAGGAAUGCCACCAUCGCUCUUAUCAGGAAGUUGGACAGUUAUGAGGUACAGAUGAAGUUCCAUGUGCUAUCAUUUGCCAGCGAGGCAAAGGCCAUUGUAGACAUCAGACACUCCGAAAUAAGUGGUGAUGCAGAGAACGUCAUAUGGAAUCUGGAGGACUUUGACUACCAUAGCCACGGGAGUAAGACCGGCACCAACCUUCACGCAGCCUUGCACAGCGUCAGUGAGGUGAUCGCCUUCUUUAAACAGAACAGCAAGAGGAACCAUUUUAAUGAGACUCAGAAUAUCAUCAUCAUACAAACAGAUGGUUACUCCAACACAGGCAUCAAACCUCAGAUUGCUCUGGCCAAGAUCCGGCACCUGCUGGGCUACAGCAACAACUCCCCUGAUCACACAGAGGAGACAUUGCUGGAUGUCUAUGUGUUUGGAAUUGGGAGCAAAGUGAACAAAGAUGAGUUGAACUCCUUAGCCUCAAACAAACGUGGUGAGGAGCACCUCUUUAUUCUAAAAGACUAUGAAGUACUGGGAGACGUGUUCAACAGCAUCAUCAGUGACGAGAGUGUGACAAUGUGUGGGGUAGCUCAGGAGGACAUCUCCAAGGAUCAGGAGGAGGGUGGAAGAAAAGUCUACACCAAACCCUGGCACGUCACUGUGAAAACAGUGAGACCUGCAUUUGGAUGUUUUGGAUCCAUCGUGAGUCAGAAUUGGGUGCUGACGGCCGCUCACUGCUUUGCCAGAGUGGGCACAGAGAAAGUCAGUGGACAGGUGGAAAUACAAUACGGUGACAGAAUGAGGGCGCUUUCCAACAAGGUGAUCCUGCACCCCAAGUACAACAUCAACGCACUCGAACACAGAAAUGUAUCGGAGUUCUAUGACUAUGAUGUAGCUCUGGUACAGGUGAACAAGAGCAUCCCUCUCUCCAGGGAGGCCAGACCUAUCUGCUUGCCAUGUACCGUACCAGCCAGCCGAGCCAUGAAGAAAAUCAACUCAACCUGUCAGCAGCAUAGAAAGGAGCUUCUACCACACAAGGAGACUUCUGCCUUUUUUAUCCAUAAGAACUCCAAGCGCAAAGAAACACAUAUUCACACUGAGAGUCAGGUGAGUGAUGUGACUUUCAUACUGGACUGCUUUCACGCUUACUACUCAGUGAUGUGUGUUAUACUGUAUCUUAUUUGCUGUCUGCAGAGGCCCGGCUGUGUGGAGAAGGCAAUGCAAACACUAAGACAGCCCACAGAUGUGACUUUGGAUGAGUACAUUCCACGCAGGUUCCUGUGUUCUGGAGGCAGCUUGGAAUACCAGGACCCCGUCACCUGUAAAGGUGACUCUGGUGGAUCUCUGUUCCUGCAAAGAAGAAAGCGCUACUUUCAGGUGGGAGUAGUGAGCUGGGGCACCACAAACGUUUGUGAACCGCAUGCACGGUACAGCAGUGACAGGCCGCCUCCCGAUGCUCGAGACUUUCACAUCGACCUCUUCGAGAUCUUGCCAUGGCUGAAACAGCAUCUGGGUGAGGAGAUCCAGUUCCUGCCAGAGGUCAACUGAGAGGAUCCAGAAUUGGUCUGCAGGGAUGAUUUGCUUGGAUUACAAAUAAUAUAUCUCAUGCAGAAUAUAAUAAAAUAGUUUACCUCUUUAUCCAAACGUAAAUCAUCAUAGUUGAUCAUAGACAAGAAUACAGUAUCAAGUGUUUUCUAAAGCUUUAUUGUCUAGUGGAAUACCAAUGAUUCUUUUAGCCUUUUUGUUAAAAAAUAAUAAACAACAUAUAAAAGUUAUUCUACUUGUUUUUGUCCACCCUAUUCUUUCUAUACCCAGCAAAUAUAACAUGCAUACUCAGCUCCUGAAGCGCAGAUAUGAUGGAAAUAAAUGGAUGGAUUGAUUCAGUGUUGCAGUUCUAGUUGACAUCAUCAGGUUGUGGUCUGAGGCCGUUAGACAUACAGUAUGCAUAUAAGCAUCAGACAUUCCUCAGCUGGAGAAGAAAAAUAUGCCAGUCUCUACUAACUAAUGCAAGUUUCCUGCCCUUUCAGAAGGUCUUGCUUGUUGGUUGGAUCUCACUUCUUCAAUAGUUGCAAUAUGUAAUUUUUUUCUGUCUCCAUGAAGUCAAAAGGUGUUAGACAGCCAGCAGUCCAAUCAGCCUUCAGAGAACUGUCGGAACAGCGUUUCUGAUUGGCUGUCUUUGAAGUUAGGGACAAAGUGGAUGUGGAGA